AAUUCAGGCCAACCCCAGUGACAGCUCCUCUGAAGCCAAUAAGACUUUCCAUGGGGGGAGUUAAUGAGUAACCCAGCAGAGGUGCAACCUUCAGCGGGCGUUUGUGUGACUCAGUAAGAAGUCACAAGAAGAAGCAAAAAGAUCUCUGCCUUUCUUCAUUCCAUUGGUGGUCCUAUUGUGUUGGACCACCUACCAGCGCUACUAUGGAUAACCCAAACUUCCAGCCGUCCGGCACGGCAUCCAAGCUGAACCACGUGCAGGGUCAGGUGAACGAGGUGAAGGUGAUCCUGAAAGACAACAUUGACAAGGUGCUGGAGAGAGGCGACCGGCUGGACGAUCUGAUCGGCAAGACGGACGACUUGCAGGCCUCAGCCGACUCCUUCCAAAGAACCUCCACACGGGUGGCCAGGAAGUACUGGUGGAAAAACAUCAAAAUGAUGAUCCUAAUCGGUGUGGUCGUGCUGGUGAUCCUCAUCGUCAUCAUCCUCUUUGCUACUAAUGUUAUUUAACUCACGCAGUCUUAGCAGAAUGUUUAUGCCUUGUAGAUGCUUUUUGAUUGCUUGUGUAAACACUCCACGCCACAUUCUCCCACUAAAUGAAUCCCUUUACCAAGGUUCAGAAAGCAAAUUGUUUUAUUGUUUUAUCACACUUGCCUAUGUUGAACACAUUAUCCAUGUGUAUGUGUGUGUGUAUAUAUAUAUAUAUAUAUAUAUAUAUAUAUAUAUGUAUGUACUGUAUAUAUGUUUUAUAUAGGACUGAUGAACAUAACCUAAUGUGUGUCUAUGCUACCGCAGGGCUGUAAUAAGUGUGUGCUGUCUCUAUGUCUCUAAUAAAUGAAGUGAUU